UAAAUGUUAUAAAAUAUGACAGAGAUGUUGGACGUCGUUUGAUAUGCAUCCCACAUGCGAUAUUUAUAGAUUUAUAAAUUUACUAGCAUGCAAUAAAUAUUCGAGUGAAACUUUCUAGCGAUGUCAAUAUAUCGUGAACGUUGAGCAAACACGCUCGUGAUUCGCGUUAUCAUUUACGAGUCUCUAAGGCGGUGUCAGUCAUGCAAUAGUGUACUUGUAAUGAUAGAUUAUUAUAGGAACACUACACGAUAGUGCUUCGAGAAAUUAUUCAUAAGCAUCUUAUAAAUAAAGCUAAGUCUUCAAGUUAACCAGAAUAGAUUCGAACACCGAAAUUAUUGAAUAUUGCAUUUAUAAAAUGGACGUCAAUGCCAAAUGUACAAUCCUAGUGACUGGAUUUGGUCCAUUCAGUACACACACAGUGAACGCCAGCUGGGAGGCGGUGAAGGAAUUGCAGGAACUAUGGAAGAAUUCCGUGGAAUUUUCCGACGUUAAGCUAGUUAUAGAAAAAAUUCCAGUUUCGUACGAUUACGUAUCUGAUCAUAUUCCUCAGCUCUGGAAGAAACACAAUCCUUCGAUUGUCUUACAUGUGGGUGUAUCACAUGAAGUUAAAUCUUUAACGAUAGAGCAACAUGCUUAUAGCAAUGGCUACAACAGAUUCGAUAUAUAUAAUAAAUGCCCCAAUGAAACUAAUGUCGAGUAUAAAGUUUUGAAAACUGAAAUAGAUGUCAAAGAACUUUGCAAUAAUGUGAAUAAAAACUUCGAAAAAAGCGGAUGCAAAGUCUGUCUGUCGGACAAUGCUGGCAGAUAUCUGUGUGAAUAUAUAUUUUAUCAAUCGCUCUGUAUUGAGCCAACAAAAACUCUGUUUGUGCAUGUUCCAGAUUUUAACAAGUAUUCUAGUAAACAAACUGCAAACGAUUUAAAUUUAUCUAUCAAAAUUCACAAAAAGCGACUGAUGCCGUGUAAUACUAUCGCUGCCAGUUUCGUCAUUAAUAUGAAUCCAGAGGGGAAUGAUGGGAACAACCAGGGUAAAGCAGAGGUCAGAUUGGACGUCGGUCUGAAAAAUGACAAUCAGUCUGUGGACCAAGAUGCUAGAACAUCUAAGGUACAGCUAGAAAACGGAGCUGAGGAACAGUUGAGGCUGAAUAACAACAGCGGCGAGAGUAAUAUUAAGCUCGUGCUGCCAUCCAAAACCUCCGUUGUGCUUUCCAAUGGGACAAACUCCAUACAAACCCCUGUGUCUGAUAGUGCCAAUUUUUUGGAGCAGAACGUUUGUCAAGAUGCGAACAUAUCUUCCAUAUUUACAAACGCGACCGCCAGUAUCAAGUCUCAGACUGUAAACACCAAUACUGUUAAUUGUCAAUUGAAGCAUAAGACUGUCAUGAAUGCAAGCUCGUUGAAUCUGCCUAAACCCCAGAUGCACUUGAAUCUAUCUUCCACUCAAGCAAAUAUACACCACAAUCAUAAUUUAGGGCCAGCAGUUCUUAAUUCUACUGCAACUACCAGUGCUAUGUUACAUUCAAGUGUAUCUACGUUAAAUGUAUCAGUAAUACCUCCUAAUUUAUCAAUGAUUAAAUCAAACGAUGACAUGGAUAUGAAGAAUAAUGUGGAUUAUGCAUCUGCCAUAGAGAAAUGUCCUUCUAAGGUUUCUUGCAGUUCAGAUUCUAGUCCAGAAGCAGACUGUUGCUGGACAUCAAAAUCUUAUGGAUCUAAACGUGUAUUAAAUAAUAUAGGUGGUAGUAUAGGUUCAACGAGUCAAGGAACUUGCUCUUUUUUGAGACCUAAUAUCAAUGGCAGUAGAGAAAUUGCUGGACCCAGUGGAUUGCAGAGAACUUCACAAAGAGAACAGAUAGAACGGAUGGAUUCUAGUUCUGGAAAUGAAGGAGAUAUGUCUGAUGGAGAAGACUAUUGUUUCUAUACUUAUAAGGGAAACAAUGAUGUGAUUCCUUUAGAUCAACAAGAAGAAUUGAAUCAGGAUCAUGCAGCAAAUCAAGAAGCAGAAGGACAGAACCAUAGUGGUAGGUCGAGUCCAGAGAUGGAUUACUUGGAAAUGGAUUUUGAUCCUGGACCUUCUUGCGAACAGGAUACUGGAGAUAGUGAUUUGGCCUCCAUAAAUGAAGAUAUACAAAAUAUAGCAUUAGAUAAUGUAGAACAAGACCCAGUGCUAAAUGAUCUAAGUAGUGGAAAAGUCGUGUCUAGACAGGGAUUGGUAUUAAUGCCGCAUACUUUAAAACAAACUACACAGCAUGUUAAUCAUACUACUUUCCAACAAUGCACAAGUAAUCAAUGUACAGUAGAACAAAGUGCAAAGUCGACUUAUUCAGCUCCAUGGAUGCCUAGUACUAGUGCUGGAACUGGAAGAUGGGAUAGUGCGACACUUUAUCGUAAUACAGGUUGUCCAGUACGUGAAUCAUACGGUUAUCAUAACACAAGUGGUGAUCUUAUAUCGCCUGGUGAUAAUAGAGAUUCGGAUUCCGAAUUAUGGGUUGAGUCUUCAACAGCAUCUCUGCCGGACAAUUCCAAUUUAAAUGCCAGGAAGGUUAAUCUCAUUUCUACGCUUUAUCAUCGAAUAAUGGCUAAGAAACUAAUGCUCAAUAAGCAUGCUGCCUUUAAUCAAAGUGGUGAUUCCAAUCUGGAAAAUGAAUUAUGUAACGAACGAUUAGAUGGAUUACCACCAGUUGAAAAAGUAAUGCUGUGGAGCGAGCAAGAAGCCACGAUGAAGCAAGUUACGCAAAUUGGUACCUCCGCCUGUGGUGCUACAUCCGCAAUUAAUGCUUUGUUGGCCUUAAAUGUAUCAUUUUCGCUGGAAGUAUUAGUUAAAGGUGUAAAUACGAAAUUGAGGGAACUGGGUGUAUCGCUACCAAGGUAUCUUGUUAGUCGUUCAGUAGCAGGAGCAACUCAUAAAGACAUAGCACGAGGGAUCACUCUGUCCACACAUGGUGCAGUUGUAACAAAAUUUUUUGCAUUUUAUCCCGAAAGAAAGGUUUCAUUAUCUCAUUGGUUGCAUUAUUGGAUUUCCAGAGGUGCAGCACCAAUCGCGACAUUGAAUUUACAACAUUGCGGAGAAGGUUGCGAUAUACCGGACGCAUGGCAUCAUCAAAUGAUAUUCGGUGUAGGACAAGCUGGUAUAUACUUAACAAACCCUUUAGAAUGUUUGCCUGAACAGCUCGUAUGGCAUCAAUUAGUUAGUCCUAGUAUUUUAUUAAUAAGAAAAACAGACAUUCUAGCACAUUGGAAUGAAAAUACAGAUCUAACGCCGCUUGCGACGAUGGAUCAAAAGUGGCGAAAACUUAAUGUUCUUGGACAAGUUGUAAAUAUGAUACGAGAAUCAAUGAGCCAAAGGCAACAACCUAAUAGCACGACUACUGGUGCGACUCACAUUCGCAUUCCGGCAUCUUACCAAGCAGGCAUUACGUUGGUCAUGUGUGCUAAUUCCGCCGCAGCCACCGAAUUGUUACAUGCAGAACAACUACCAUUGCUCUAGUCUCGUCGAUCAAAAAUUAACAAAUCGGACUGGUCCACUUGGUUUAUAACAAAUUUUAUUAGCAAGCCAGCCCAUACUCAAUGUUCUUACUAAUAGUU